CAGUGAAGGUAGCACACAGACGCUAGCCAGCCUACGCACUUCAGCGACACAUCUCAUGAACCAGACGUGAUUUCAGUCUAAUUUGGUGUUUUGUGCGACUUUUCCCCGAAGUUUUAGGAAACUUUUGUUGUAGUUGUUAUUCGGAGAUAGUUAAUUAAAGCCAUGAUUUUUAACACAAUUAUCAGGUCUCGUGCUGCUUUUGGUACCUUUUUAGGCCAGAUGCAGAGGUUUGCCCCAAAUUCAUCAAGCUGUAGGAGUUUGUGCAUUAAACCACAAGAAGCCUCUGUGCCAACACAAGCACAAAGAGAAGGGUUUAAAAUGCCCGGCUACCGACCAACCGAGAUGGACAAGAAGAUACUCGUGUGGUCCGGACGCUUCAAAUCCAAGGAGCAGAUCCCAGAGCAUGUGUCAUUUGAGAUGCUCGACGCAGCCAGGAACAAAGUGCGUGUUAAGGCCUGCUAUAUCAUGAUAGCAAUGACUAUUGGAGGCUGCAUCGUGAUGGUCAUCAUGGGAAAACAGGCUGCAGGUCGCCAUGACAACCUGACCAGCAGGAACAUGGAGAGAAAGGCUCGGUUAAGAGAAGAGGCAAAGAAGGAACUAGAGUUGGAGGCGUCUCUGACUGAGAAAAAAGCGCAGUGAGGAGCUUUCCCUGAUCCCUGAUCAGGAACACUAAAGCUCCAUCACACAUUCACGAUUCAUUCAAACAGCGUAACUUAUUCCGAAAUAAUUUAACAGCAGUACAGUCAAGUUCCUGCACGCUUCAAUCAGUUCCUGCACUGUACGGAUCAUCUGCUUCAGUUUCGUUGAUGUAUUUUUGUUAUAGAGUUCUUUGAGUAAAAAAGAGAGAUUAAAUGAGACGUAUCCUACA